AUGGCGGCGGAUGGAGGGUUCGGUGAAGCUGUGGACGGGACUGGGACAGAGGGACUGAGUUCCGCGGGCGACCGAGUAGGAGAGUCCGAGAGUGACGGCCUGAGCCCCGGGGCCAUGCUACUGCAAGCGGCCGUGGUGUUGGCGGUGGUCGCGCUGUGUGUCGCGCUGUACAGACGCGUCAGGACGCGGUGUAGCGCGGUGCUCUGUGCAGAACAGGCCGCUCCGCUUCCCAAACUGCGGAGACGGGACUUCACGUUAGACCAGCUGCGGGAGUAUGACGGUCUGCAGGCCCCGAGGAUCCUCAUGGCGGUCAACAUGAAGGUGUUCGACGUAACCAGUGGAAAGAAAUUCUACGGGAAAGAUGGUCCAUAUGGGGUCUUUGCCGGCAGAGACGCCUCUCGGGGGUUGGCCACGUUCUGUUUGGAGAAAGGAGCUUUAAGAGAAGAGUACGACGACCUGAGCGACCUGAGCGCUGUCCAGAUGGAGAGUGUGCGGGAGUGGGAGAUGCAGUUCAUGGAAAAGUACGACUAUGUGGGACGACUGCUGAAGCCCGGAGACGAGCCGUCUGAGUACACAGACGAGGAGGACAUCAAGGACCAUCUGAAGCACGACUGA